CCGCAUCUUUUUGCGUUUCUGCCACCAUCAUUCCAUCGUAACAAUUGUCUCUGGCUCCUCAGUUAUAAGCCAAUCCAGCCAGCCAAAAGCUUUUUGUGUAGCUUCUCAGGCUUCAUUGCCAUAUUCCAUCAUAUUGAGCUUCGUCAACUCUUUUUGAAGGCCUCUAACCGUAGCAGCGCUUUACUGGCUACUACCGCUCGUCGAAACAUGCAUGUCUCACCAGUUCUCUCAUCUCCUCCCCUUGAUCCGGUCACUCGGCCACAUUUGCUGGCCGAGUUCACCAUGAAGGACAAGGUCGUUGUAAUCAGUGGCGGUGGAAGAGGAUUGGGCCUGGUACAGGCCGAAGCACUUCUUGAAGCAGGUGCCGUUGUGCACUGCAUUGACAGACUGCCCGAUCCUACCUCAGAUCCAGAGUCGGAGUUCUCUCGUGUAGCCAAGCGCGCCAAAGAAGAGUUGAACACCAGUCUGACAUACCACGAGCUGGAUAUUCGUAACGUGCCUGAAUUGAACAACAUCUUCAGAGGCAUUGCAGAUGAGAGAGGUCGUUUGGACGGCUGCCUUGCUGCCGCUGGAAUCAACUAUGAGAGCCCGGCUCUCGACUACACUCCCGAAGAGUCUGAUCGCAUGAUGAGCAUCAAUGUCUCGGGCGCUUUCAUGACUGCUCAAGCCGCUGCUCGCCAGAUGGUCCGACUGGGAACGCCUGGCAGCAUCUGCAUGAUUGCCAGCAUGAGCGGCACCGUUGCCAACCGUGGCAUGUUUGCUCCAGUAUACAACGCCUCCAAGGCCGCCGUUAUGCAGCUGGCCCGAAGCUUGGCUGCUGAGUGGGGCCAGUAUGGCAUCCGCGUCAACACUCUCUCUCCCGGAUACAUCCUGACGCAGAUGCUGCUGAACCUGUUCGAUGACUACCCCGAGCGAAAGGAGCAGUGGCCCAAGGAGAACAUGCUUCAGCGAUUCAGCGUCCCCAAGGAAUAUCGCGGUGCCGCCGUAUUUCUGCUCAGCGACGCCAGCAGCUUCAUGACAGGAAGCGAUCUCCGUAUUGACGGUGGACAUUCUGCUUGGUAAUCGGCAAAAGCAACUUUUGGCGUCAAAUGAAAUAGAGCAUAUAAAGGCUGGCAGGCACUUGAUUGCGGCUUUGAUCUGGUGCGCAUGACGAAAUAGGGAAAGGGGGGAAGAGGGAUAAAAAGGGAUGGUGAAUUCCCAUAAUAUCCGUUUUUUUUUGUAAUUGUUUGCAUGUUUGGAGUUGGGCAUAGGUAGAAAAGAAAUUUCAUGUUGCAAUCUCGACAUCAGCUCGUCGCACUAUUAAUUCGCGGGAAUGUGUGUCAAAACGCCUGCGGG